AUGGGGAAUUGCUUGAUGAUAAGUAAUAGCAAGGUUUCGGCACAAGAUCAUGAGAAUCAUGAUGAUGAACCAGCCGGAAAGGAAGCAGAAGUGAUACAGAAGACAGCUGCUCCAAUGUCGCCGAAGAAGAAGAAGAAGAAGACGGUGAGGUUUAAUAUACAAGAAGAUGAAGACGAUGACGGUCGAGUAAUAAAGAAUGGUACACAUGAUGAGUCUAAAACUGGAGCUGUGAGAAUUCGACUAGUGGUGACUCAAGAAGAGUUGAAACAAUUACUGGAUUACAAGAGUGAUAUAGAAUCAAACCGCUGUUCUGUGGAGCAAUUGUUAAGUUCAUUGAAAUCAAGAUCGGGAAGGAGGGUUUCCAAGGAUCAAAGUGGAACCAAUGCAGCCAGUGGCGAAAGUUGGAGACCAGUUUUAGAGAGUAUUUCAGAAGACCAGUUUUAG